CGCAUCUUGAAAUUAAAGAAAUUGAAGAAAAAUAUUUAAAGGGACAUACCACUAGUCCGUCAACCAUUGUCGAAGCUGCAUUUCAAUCGUCUAACGGCCGUGCGAUUGAAACACUCUUAACAAUUUUUUUCACUCUGACGUGUUAGAGAAGAAAAGUAUAGCGAUGAUAAAUAGGCAACAGCUUCUCUUCUCUUGUUUUCUUCUCAUCGUCGUGCAAGGUGCAGAAAUAGGUCGCGAUGAGUUCUAUUAUGGCCAGUUACCAGAGAACUUCACGUGGGGCGUGUCCACUGCUGCCUAUCAAAUCGAGGGCGCCUGGAACGAGGGAGGCAAGAGUGAACAUAUAUGGGACCGCUUUUGUCACGAGGGUCAUGUCGACCUGAACAUGACAGGGGACGUGGCUUGUGACAGCUACCACAAGUGGCAAGAGGACAUCCAGAUCCUCAAGGAAGUUGGAGUCAAACAUUACAGGAUGUCCAUCGCGUGGACGAGGCUGAUCCCUGACCCAAUAGGUGGCGAGGUGAACCCAGAAGCAGUCAAGUAUUACCUGUCUCUCCUGUCUGGUUUGAAGACUGCCGGCAUUCAGCCCAUGGUCACGCUUUUUCACUGGGACCUUCCUCAGGUGCUAGAGGAUUAUGGGAGCUGGGCCAAUGCGUCCAUCAUUCCGUACUACAAGCACUAUGCGGACCAGGCCUUCGGUCUCUUUGGCCAUCUGGUAAAAUACUGGAUAACCUUCAACGAACCCUGGGUCAUCACAUGGCAAGGCUACGCUACUGGAGAGUAUGCACCCGGAAUUCAGCAGCCUGCCACCCUGCCCUACAAACUUGCCCAUAACAUCAUCAAGUGCCACGCAGAAGCUUACCAUCUUUAUGACCAGAAAUACAGGGCCUCGAUGAAAGGGCUGGUGUCCAUCACCCUCAACUCCGACUUCUUUGCACCCAAGGACCCCAGCAACCCCGCCCACGUGGAAGCCGCAGAGCGAGCCCAACAGUUCUCCUUGGGCUGGUUCGCCAACCCCGUGUAUAAAGAUGGCGACUACCCACAGGUCAUGAAGGACUAUGUUCGUCGGAACAGCGCGGGAGGCGAGUCUAGGCUGCCGGAGUUUACAGAGCAGGAAAAAGCCUUCAUCAAAGGGACCUACGACUUUUUCGGUUUGAAUCACUACUCGACAUCGCUGUGUGAGCCGACAGACGCCGAGUAUCAGGCUCGAGUGCUUCCAGGUUACACCAGAGACAUGGAGGUCAAACUGUCCCGGGACCCCACCUGGCACAAAGCGGCCUCCUACUACCUGUUUUACGUGCCCUGGGGGAUGCGCGGGGUCCUCAACUGGAUUCGAACCUCAUACAACCGGCCGCCCACAGUGGUCACGGAGAACGGAGUGACUGACAACAACGGCACCCUGCAGGACUCCCACCGCAUCGAGUACCUCAAGACCUACAUAGACGAGCUCAUUAAAGCGGUCCUCAUCGACGGAUGUGACGUAAUAGGCUACACUGUCUGGUCCAUCAUGGAUAACUUCGAAUGGGCCCGCGGAUACACGGAGAAGUUCGGAAUCUACUACGUUGACUUCGAUGACCCUCAGAGACCGCGGGUUCCCAAAGAUUCGUCCAGGUUCUACAAGCAGGUCAUCUUAAAUCGAGGCUUCCCGAAUCCGGAGAUUGUUGGUUGAAGAUGUUACUGAGUUACGUAUCUGCCGCCACAGCAAAGUGUACACAAGUAUUCAGCACUGAAAUAAAUGUGAUAUCCUCUCAAUAAAAAGUGAAGUUUAUUGUCA